UUGUCGGUACCAGCGUGGGUCGUGGUAUCUCCUGCGCUCUCUCUACCUCUGCUCAGCGCCGGCCCCUUCUUCCUUCCGCAAGGCCAUGCAGGCGGUUUGAAAUUUACCGCAGUCUCUCACUCGAGUUCUCGAUGUGGCCGUAAGCGCCUGGCGCUGAAGGGGAGGAGGCAAGAGUGCGGGGCGGGGAAGAGGAGGGCGGCCUGGAGCGGAGCGGCUUGUCUGCCUGCAGCUCCGGUUCCCCCAACCGCUCACGGGGAACGGUUGGUACGGGACGGUGGAGAGGGUUAAGUGAGGUAGCAUUUCCCUCGUCGCGGCCCGUGGACGGUCCGUGUGUGGUGGGUACUGUGGUCGCCCUGGGGCGGCUUUUGCCACUGUUCCCCUAUCUCGGCGCAGGGAGUGAGGGAAGGAAGGAUCCUGAAGUGAUUCCGGGAUCUACGAGCCCCUCACACCCCUGGAAACGGUGGAGGGAAGAGUAAAACAAUUCUCUCCUCUCUCCUGAGGCGUCCCGGUUCUGCGGCAGGCUGGCCCGCAGAUUCAGAGAAUAAAAAUGGGAACUCCUGGAUCAGGACGGAAGAGAACUCCAGUGAAAGACAGAUUUUCUGCAGAAGAUGAAGCUCUAAGCAACAUUGCCAGAGAGGCAGAAGCCAGACUUGCAGCAAAACGGGCAGCUCGAGCAGAAGCAAGAGAUAUACGUAUGAGAGAGCUGGAGCGACAGCAAAAAGAGUUUUCUCAGCAUUUAUAUGAUAGAAAAUGGGCUCAUAUCCAGAAAUGGAUGGAAGAUGUAGAGAGGGCCAGAUACUCUCACCACUCCAAUCGACAUUCAUAUUUGAGUUCCUCAGAUGUCAGUGCAUCUCACAGGAGCAGAGCAAGUACCUCCAAAAGGAGAGCUCUUGUGAGUGGAAUUUACUAUGAUCAAAGAAAUUAUAGCAGCAUUGGAUAUAGUAAACCAGUUCCUUCCUACCAUGUUUGGCCAUCUGAAUGCAGUUAUUCUUCAAGAGCAAACUCAGUCCGAAGUAGUCCUGUGUCCUCUGAUUUUUCUGAUCAAAGUGAAACUACUGCUGAUUAUUUCAGUCGUUCCAACCACAGGGGAAGCAUUGUUUCUGAUGCAGAUUAUGGCCAAGUUUUGAAUAGUCUGGAAGAAAAGAGUGAAAAGUCACAUUCAGAAAUAUUUUCAAGGCCCUCAUCUCGCAAUUCAGUAAGUGCAGCUCCUCAGAGUGGCAACUCAUCUAGGAGAGGAAGUGGAGAUGCAAGUAAUUUGGUGGAUCCUGAUGCGUCCCUCAGUGAAUUACGGGAUAUCUAUGAUCUUAAGGACCAGAUACAUGAUGUAGAAGGGAGAUACAUGCAGGGACUUAAAGAAUUAAAGGAUUCACUAGCUGAAGUUGAAGAGAAGUACAAGAAAGCUAUGGUUUCCAAUGCCCAACUAGACAAUGAGAAAAACAACUUGAUUUACCAAGUGGAUACUUUAAAGGAUGUUAUUGAGGAGAAAGAAGAACAGAUAGCAGAGUUCUGUAGGGAGAAUGAAGAGAAGUCAAAGGAAUUGGAAAGACAGAAACACACCUGCAGUGUUCUGCAGCAUAAGCUGGAUGAACUUAAAGAGGGCCUUCGACAGAGAGAUGAAUUGAUAGAGGCGAAUCAACGUAUGCAGGAGAAUAUAGACUUCAUAACCAAAGAAGUGUUUGAUCUCCAGGAGACAGUUAAUUGGAAAGAUAAAAAAAUAGGGGCCCUAGAAAGACAGAAAGAUUACUUUGACUGCAUUAAGAAUGAGCGAGAUGAGCUCAGAGAGGAGUUGGCUGACCUGAAGGAAACAAUGAAGAGAGGACAGAAACAUGGAUUAGUUAUAAUUCCAGAUGGCACACCAAAUGGGGAUCUAAACCAUGAAUCAGUGGUUGGUACAAUAACAGUUGUAUCACAAGAAGCAGCUCAAGUCUUGGAAUCUGCAGGAGAAGGACCACUAGAUAUCAGGCUACGAAAACUGGCUGGAGAAAAGGAGGAAUUACUGUCCCAGGUUAGAAAACUGAAGAUGCAGUUAGAAGAAGAACGACAGAAAUACUCUAAAAGUGAUAGCAUGAAUCCAGAUACAAUAGACUUGGAGAAUGGCUCUGACUUGCAGCUAAUUGAAAUGCAAAGAGAUGCCAACAGACAAAUUAGUGAAUACAAAUUCAAGCUUUCAAAAGCUGAACAAGAUAUAACUACUUUAGAACAAAAUAUUGGACGACUUGAGGGACAGGUUGCAAGGUAUAAAAAUGCAGCAGAAAAUGCAGAAAAAGUAGAAGAUGAACUCAAAGCUGAUAAAAGGAAGCUUCAGCGAGAGUUAAGAACAGCACUGGAUAAGAUAGAAGAAAUGGAGAUGACCAAUAGCCAUUUAAUGAAAAGGCUGGAGAAGAUGAAGGCAAAUAGGACUGCGCUUUUAUCUCAACAGUAAAAUGGAAAUUGAAAAUGCAAUGCACUGCUCCUUGAAUAACUAGUCCCUAGCUUGUUUAUAAAUACAGACUUUCAGUGGCACAAACUAUUUGAACACUGAGCUGUUCACUGGUGGUUUAGUUUCAUAAUUAAAUGACAUACUUUUUUGUAAAUUAUGAGAGAAUGAAAUGUAGUUUGAAUUCCCAUGUGAAUGACAGCAGUUUUUCAGUAGUGUUUGAUUCUAGAGUCAAAGACAGUGCACAAUGCUCUAUGUUUUUACUACUGUGGAAUCAAGUUUACUCACUAUCUCUUUUGGCUGCUUUAAUGAGGCUUGAUGCUCAGAGACAGCUGCAUGAAUUCAAGACACUGUUAUGAAACUAACAUAUACUUGCCUAAGACAUCACACAGCACAAGUGCCUUUUAUCUGGUGAAAUUUGGUCUUCAUUGUUGAAAUAACCUUUGGAACCAGAAAGCAUUUUAUUUUAAGAUACAUUUGGGGUAUUCCCUAAACUUUAUACAUUUUGAAAAUACAUUUUUUAAAAUAUUUAAAUUUAUAAGAAAAAAUAGGGACUGUAUAUAAAGAUCGGCUUCUUUUGCAUGGGCACAUCUGACUUCUAUGUAAUUUUGGCAAAUACUAGCCCCUGAUACUCUUAGCAUUAAGAGCAGAAAUUUAAAAACUGAGGUUGUACGCCAUCAAAUUGUGUCAUCUGCUUAAGUGUGAAUUGAAAUUUUAUGGCGGGGAAGAAGGGGGUGAGAAAUGUGGCUAAGGAGUUUAUUAAAAUGGACACAUUACUGACCAAAA